UAACGGUUUAACUUAGUCGUCGCGGCCGAAUUCCGUUUUCGCGCGUGCAAGUCGGCGGUGCCUCCGUCUCCCUCUCCACCUUCCGCCGGUGCCCAGUCCUCGCGCUCCCUGCCGCGUUGUAUCCACCAGAGAAAGUUGAGUUGAAGCUGCAACGAUAAAUUCGACCAGCGAGUUAAAUCGUCUGCUUGACCACCAAGCCCUCUAUUCUGCCUGAGGGUUUAAGCGGCAGGCAUUGGUGACAUCAGCGGCGGGUGACACGAGGGGUGGACGAACUAAGAGAGGAAGAAGGUUUGGAGAUGGAUAUUUCUUUUGAAGAUGGGAAAAGGUUAUGGUCUCUCAUGUGGAACAAAGAAGAGCUGAUCACAAGGAAAAGGAGAUUUUUGAUGGGAUCAGCUUCUACAUCUGAAGGGAGCCCAAAGAAGCAUAAAAGACCCAAACUUUUGACAGAAUCGUACUUACUAGAGUCAUAUGUUAGGAAUGAUGACCUGCUAUCAGAACAGUUGACAAAUAUUAUUGGAAACCCAAUAAAUUAUCAUGAUGACAAGUCUCUGCAUUACACACCCACCUCUAGUCUUUGUCUUUCAUCAGUUUCCAAUAUGUUGGAAGAGCUGGAUGAAAUGUCCUAUCAGGAGCUUACUGCAACAAACAGAAAACUUCGAGGUGUAUCACUGCUCCCUCAAUUUCCACCUGCUCGGUGUACUGGAAAUAGAGGUUUGCUAAUUAAACGGGUGAAGAAAAGAUUCAAUAAAUUGCUGUUAAAACUCAAGGAUGGGGAUGCGUUGCCAGAGCCAUUAGUUAAAGCAUUGUCCAUUAUUUAUUUGUCUUACACGCAUAGAUCCAGACAUGUUGAUAUGCUAACAUCAGAGUUUUAUCCCUUUCCACCAGAGACAGUGGACUUGCAAAAUGAUAUCAUGAAUGCCCUUUGGUUGCUUCCGAAGGUUAAACAUGAUGAGCUGAAAGCAUUGCAUGCAUUAAUGGAUCCAAAAGCUGAAGUUCCUCUAAAGUGUUUCAGGAAUGUGCUCAGGAAAUACUUGAUGGAAUAUUUGUUUGAAUGUAGCGAAACAAGUAUCACACAGGAAGCAUUGAGAACCAUUGAUUUUAUAAACAGGAAGAUGCACAGUCAGACUCUUGUGUUAUCUAAAGAGACAAUACAAGAGGAGGUUGAAGCUGCAUUGAUCACGAGUCGUUGGCUUAAACAAAUGAUAUCAAGCGUUUUUUCAGAACGAAGUGACAAACAAUGUUUUGUGGGGUUUGGUAAUGACAAAAACAUUAAUUCUUUUAAUAUGGUUGGAACCGACUAUUUCAUGGGUCUUGGUGACAAUGAACAUGAACGUAUGUACAGUUCUUGCUCUAAUUAUGAAGCAGAAGCUACUGCGGAAUCAGGACCAGGCGUUUCUAGAUCAUUCACCACUGGUAGCAACUCUUUUUUACUCACUGGGACUGGCAAUCAAACUAGUGGUAAUAGCUCAACGAAGCCUGAAGUUGAGCAUGACAAUGAAAUUGACAUAGAGAAACCUUGUAUUGAGGAGUUAGAAAAGUUUACUCCUGAAAGGACUUCCCAAAACACAGGAAAUAUGGGAGUAAAGUCAGUCGAAGAAAUCUGUGAUGAGACAACAUUGGUUGCUUAUAAACUUAUUGUCUCUAUGCUAGAUAAAUUAUUAAAAACAGAAGGCAUGCAUGCAGAUAUGUCAACAAGAAUUUACUUGAAUGGUGGCUGAUCAGCUUCUGCGGAUUUGCAAGGUGCCAAAGAUAUGUUGAAAACUUCGAAAGAGCAGAUGAGGUCUAUUAUUUUUGUACGAACUGUUGAGGAGCUAAUACCUUCUUUGACAAAGAGUUGUAUCAGAAGAGUGAAGAAUUUGAUGGAGAGCUGAUAUAGAUUUCUUUCCCAAGAUGAUUCAAGUUUGUAAAAGGAGCAUAGUUGCUGGCAGACACCAGAGAUCAUGUGGAGUCAAUGACAUCAUGCACUCCUCAGAGUCCAAAAUUUGAAUAAAUAAAAAAUUCCCAACUGGAGAAACUAUAAUUUUUGUAAACCAGUUAAUGCACUGGUGACUUGAAUCUCACUCUCUCACUGUCUAUUCAUUUCUCUAUCUAUCUGUAAAGUUCAGUAGGUAUAUGUACUGUUUUUGUUUUUGUUUGUUUGAAUUUUUCUUUAGACAUGCAUUUAAGUGUUCAUAGAAUUUAUGCCUGUGUCAGGUUUGAUGCAUGAUACGAUGAACAUAGUAAUAUCUUCUUCUGAUAAAAAACACAGUGGCUUUGAUGCAGUAGCAAUGAACUUUUAGUUUUACGGAAUUCCGGUCAUGCAUUGCCUAUAUGGUACUGGAACAAAUGUCCGAGGGUCCAUCCACCCUUUUGGAUACAAUUGACUAGUACUAGAUGACAUGAACCGAUGAUUCUUUUGCUUGCUGUUCUUAUUUGUUACUUGCACCUAAACUUGGACAUUUCCGGUACAAACUGCCAAAUCUUCUGGACAUCUUUCUUUGACCAACAGAAUCUGUUAUGUUGUAUAUUUCUCAGUAAAUGUUUGUUACUUUGCCAUCAAAUGGUUCUCUUCAUUUGAACUUACAUGGAGCAGGUACUGAAUCCCUGAUAAUGUUUGCAAGAUACAAGAGCUUCUUAAAGCUGCAGAUCGACUUCUUACCGUGAACCUUUGAAGUUUAAUAUAGACUUAGGUUCCAGUGUCUCUCUUGUUCAAUCACCAGCAAUGGAGAUACUAGGUAUGCUUUUACUGCUUUAUACCUGUUUAUUAUCAUUGCAUCAUUAAAUCUUUGUUCGUGUUAGUUUUGGUUACUCAAGCUCGAGAACCAGAAGCGUUCUCCAUACGGAAAGGACCUCCAUCCAGCAACAGUCAACCAC